ACACGUAGAGGUGAAGUGAAGUUGUUGGGUUCUUCUUGCUUUCUUCAAUUCAAUUCUUCUCUUGUGUUUGCAGUUCUUGCUUUUUAUCGUUACUGUUUGUUCCCUUUGUUCCAUUAACGAUGCCGCCGCGUGCAGUGAGGAGACCGUCCACAGCAGCAGCACUGAAGAAGAAGACACCGGUGAAAACCCCAGUUGAGACAAAAGAAGAACCAAAAGAAGCUGAAUCCCUUCAAUACAACGCCAACAAGAGCACUGUCAGUUCAAAUUACGAAGAACACCGAGAGUCCUCUCCAACUCCGAAAGAGGAAAACGAGGAAAAGGAGGAGAAGGAUGUUUCCAUUGGUUAUCACGAGGUUGAUAGAUCCGAAAGGUUGGAGCUUGAAGACAAUUACCCCAAUUCUGAAGCGGAGGAUUUUGUUGGGGCGCAUAUGGGGAUGGAAGGUGAGAAAGAACGCUAUGAGGAGAGAAAUGAUGGAGAUUGCAUGAUGGAAGAUUUGAUGGAAGGGGAGGGGGAGGGGGAUGAACGCGCUGAGGAGGUUGGUCUGGAAGAAGAGGAAGUGCACCAUGAUGUGGCCAAGGAGAAGCAGGAGCGGCGCAAGAGGAAGGAAUUCGAGAUUUUUAUUGGAGGGUUGGACCGAGAUGCUACUGAAGAGGAUCUAAUGAAGGUUUUCAGCCAGGUUGGUGAGGUCACAGAAGUAAGACUUAUGAAGAACCCAAUGACUCAUAAGAACAAGGGCUUUGCUUUCCUACGUUUUGCAACUGUUGAGCAGGCUCGACGGGCAAUCAAUGAACUUAAGCAUCCAACGAUCAGUGGAAAGCAGUGCGGAGUAGCUCCAAGUCAGGAUAAUGAUACUCUGUUUGUUGGCAACAUAUGCAGGACAUGGACAAAAGAAGCUCUGAAGGAAAAGCUUGCACAAUAUGGUGUUGAUAACUUUGAGGAUUUGACAUUAGUGAAAGACACUAGAAAUGAAGGAAUGAAUCGAGGAUUCGCUUUUCUUGAUUUCCCUUCUAGGGCAGUUGCCCUGGAUGCAUGCAAGCUCUUGCAGAGGAGGGACGUUGUGUUUGGUACAGAUCGGACUGCUAAAGUUUCCUUUGCAGACACUUCUAUUGAACCAGAUGAUGAAAUUAUGUCACAGGUUAAGACAAUAUUCAUUGAUGGUCUACCUGCUGCUUGGGAUGAGGACCAGGUAGAAGAGCAUCUCAGAAAGUAUGGGAAGAUUGAAAAGGUUGAACUUGCUAGGUAUAUGCCAGCUGCUAGAAGAACAGAUUUUGGAUUUAUAACAUUUGAGACACACGAUUCUGCAGUGGCUUGUGUUGAAGGUAUUAAUAAUAUUGAGCUUGGUGAUGGUGAUAAAAAGGUAAAGGUUAGGGCAAGGCUAUCAAGACCACGCCAAAGAGGCAAGUCAGUGAAACAUGCCAGAGGGGGUUAUUUAGUUGGACAUAGUGAUAGUUGGGGUGGCAAGGCUCCCUUGAGGUCCAGUAUGUCCCAUACAGAUUCCUGGGGGUAUGCAGGGCGCAGUGAACGAGUCACUCAAAGCCGUAGCUCAUAUGGUGGUGGUUAUAAGCAGAUGCUUGGUCCCAGGGACAGAUAUCCACCUGUGGAUGUCAUUCCCGAUAGAGUCGGGGAUAGGAGGGUGUCUUCUUCAAGAAGGUCCUAUGAUCGGAUGUCUCCCGGUCCUGCUUAUGGAAAGAUCAGCUCAAGGAGGGACUAUGUGAGACAUGAUGAACCUUUUCCUAGAUCAUCUGAUUACACUAGUGCUCAUCCUGGGAAGCACCCAUCCUAUAGAGAUGCUUACCCUUAUCGUGGAUCAGGAUACCCAGACAGUCCUCCUAGAAGCACCACUCGUGGUGCUUCUCGUAGACCUCCCCCUUUUUAUGCUGAAGAGAGCUAUGGAAGACCAAUGGAGCGGCCUUCGACCUAUCGUGACAGUCAUAGUCGUGAUUACCCUUCUAUUUCUGGCUCUAAGCGGCCUCAUUCUGCUUCGGAGGAGCUUCAUCCUCGCUAUGCUGAGUCCACAAUGAGGCAAUCACAAGGUCACUACGAAUAUGAGGGAAGCAGUGCUGCCAUGCCAUACAAUGAUGGUGCUUAUGGCAGCGAGUCCAGCAGGAUGAGGCGUGGUUCUCAUCUAGGAUAUGAAGGAGGUGGUCGGAGUUCUGCAGUGCAUUCUUAUGACUUGUAUGACUCACGUACAUCAGGUGUGGGGUACAGCAGAGAUGAGUCAAGUAGAGACGAUGCUGGAGGAAUGUACUCCAGCUAUGACAGGGAUUACAUGUCCCAUGAUUACAUGUCUCCUGGAGAUGUUGGUGCCGGUUCAUAUUCAUCUUCCUACUCCAGUCGUCGCAUGAGUGAUAGCUAUGUAAGUGGGAGAGGUUCAGGAUCAUAUUAUUAAGGUGAGUUUGACUGUGGUUACACCAUGAUAUUAUCUCCAGGCAUAUAUGCUACAAAUAGAGCAUUGCGGACACUGAACUGAUUCUGUCAAUUAUGAGAACAAAUAUUUGGAGGCUAAUUAACUGGGAAGCUUAGCUGGCAGGCCUGCCUGCACAUUCCAAAACAGUCUUCUUUAAUGGAUGGAACAACAAGGAUAUAGGUCUUUGAUUACUUGACCUUUUAAGAAAUUCAACUCAUGGGGUUCAUCUCCUGUACUCUUGAAAGAUUGAUUCUGGGAUUAGUAGUUUAUGAUACUUAUCUCCAAGGAUGAUGACAGUGUAGGGCUUAACUUAGAAAAGUUGAGAAAUAUGACUCGUUCCAGUUGAAAUGGUGCUUGAAAGAGGAAGCUUAAGUCUGUAAUUUAUGAGGACGUGGUGAUUCUUUUUAUAGAUCUCUAUGACCCUAUCCGGAUGGAUGGAGAAACUGAAGCUUAAAAGUCUACUUAUUUCCUACAUGCUUUAAGGAUUUGAGCUGUCUCCCGGAUCUACAACGAUUGGCUUGGGCUGCCCUUUUUUUUUUUUUUUUUUCCUGUAUGGCUGUGUUAUCAUGAUCGUAGGCCAGUUUGACUACUGAAGUGGGUAAUGCUGAGCAUCUGAACUUGGUAUUCCCCUUUACUGGAAGUGAUUCUCAUAAGAAGCUAUGGUAUUUGAUCUUCCAUCUAUUCUACUUUUCUAAUGUGCACCAGUUAACUUUAUUUUGGGUUGUACAGGGAAUUGAGUUGUGCUCGAGUAGUAUCUAUAUUUUGCUUUCGGUCAAAGGACCUGUGACAUUCAAGGUUUCCUCUUAUAAAUGAGGAAAUUGUUUUCGCU